GGAUGGAGUCGCAUUUCAUGGCGGAGGACUGGCCUGCGCCUGCGUGUCGACUGCGAGGCAUGGCGCAGAAAUAGGUCACUUACAAACUCGAUAGCAUGGAUAGCUUAGGUGAAGCGGCAUGAAAGCUGCCCUCACGGAUUAUUAGAUGACUGAACGAUUCCUCAAUCCUUACACCAUCAUUGCGACAAGAAAUGGAGGACCCAAGCACAGAGUGCAAAAAAUAGCCCCGAUCCCACGUGAGCAGCACGCCCCACCGGGAACACAGCGCAGGUGGCAGGUGGCAGCAUCGGAAGGUGCAGUGCGGAGGUGUUUCAGACCUGCACCAAGUCCGCUCUGCCAUUGGUGGAUGAGGCGGGGCGGGGAUCAGUCAGCGAGUCGGUCGGCCCCAGCCGUCGGUCUGAGACGCGCGGCGAGUUUCCAUCCGUCUCAGAGUCUCCAGCCUUUGCAUGGAAGGGGCGAUGGUGAUGGAACGGAGGUUUGCAUUCAUCAGUCCACACAAUCAAACCGAUCACUGGCCAAACCCGCCCCAAACUCGCAGCGAUCCCAUUCUCUCUGCGCCUCGGUAGUGUCGCGCCACCGUUUCUCCAUCCCGCCAGCCCAGCCCUUUCUUGGUUCGGCUGACGCCUGACAACCUUCCGCUUGGCAGGCGGCGGCGGAGAAAGGCGUGCGCAUGGGAGCCAGCCCGCUUCCUUCCAACCUUG